UGGUCAUAAAAUUCAAAACUUCGUAUUCGCCACCUUGAAAACAACCCACGGAGCAAAGCUCGAACCCCGUCGUCUUCUUCUUCUUCUUCGUCUCAACUGUCUAUUGUUUAUUUGCCGAGAGAUAUGUUCACAGGCUAAGCAAAGCUGAAGAAUCAGUGGCAUUAUCCAAAAUGUUGUUGUUCAGAGCUGAACUUGGGCUUGCUUCUUUUCUUAUCUUCUUCACUUGUCUUUCUUCUUCUCUCAACUCCGAUGGCCUCUCCCUUCUCGCAUUGAAAGCGGCCAUUGUCAGCGAUCCAACUGGGGUCCUUGACACAUGGUCCGAGUCUGACUUGGUUCCGUGUCACUGGGGUGGGAUCUCCUGCACUCACGGCCGAGUCACCGGGGUUUUUCUUCCCAACAGAAGCUUCACCGGCUACAUUCCGUCUGAGCUCGGAGCUCUGGUCAAUCUUCGCCAGCUUAGUCUGGCUAAUAACAACUUCUCUAAACCCAUUCCUUCUCGGCUCUUCAAUGCCACCACUCUUCUCUCUCUAGACCUCUCUCACAACUCUCUCUCUGGUCCACUCCCGACCCAAGUCAAAGCCCUCAAAUACCUAGUGCACUUGGAUCUUUCUUCGAAUCUCCUCAAUGGGUCUCUCCCUGAAGAGCUAGCCGAGCUGGAGAACCUCGCCGGAAGUUUGAAUCUGUCACACAACCGGUUUUCCGGCGAGGUGCCGGCUUCGUAUGGGAAGAUUCCUUUGAUGGUCAGCUUGGAUCUCCGGCACAACAACCUCACUGGAAAGAUUCCACAGAUCGGGUCUCUUUUGAAUCAGGGUCCCACAGCUUUCUCUGGAAACCCGAGUCUCUGCGGCUUUCCUCUGCAAACUUCAUGCCCAGAGGCUUCAAACCCCAAAAUCUUUGUAAACCCAGAAAACCCCAGAAAACCUAACCCUAGUUUUCCAAAUGGCGCCGCCGAUGAAGGCGAAGAAAGACAAAAAUUAGGAGGCGGGUCGGUGGCCGUACCGCUAAUUUCGGGCAUUUCGGUCGUGGUUGGUGUGGUAUCGGUAUCGGUGUGGCUGUUCCGUAAAAAACGGAGCUCAGGAGAGGGUAAAAUAGGAAGAGAAAAAUUGGCGAAGGAGGUGGAAGAUGAAGGGCAAAAAGGUAAAUUCGUGGUGGUCGAUGAGGGGUUUGGAUUGGAAUUAGAAGAUUUGUUGAGGGCAUCAGCGUACGUGGUGGGAAAAAGCAGGAGUGGGAUAGUGUACAGGGUGGUGGCCGGGAGGGUAUCAGGUGCAUCGCCCACAGUUGUUGCUGUGAGGCGCCUCAGCGAAGGCGACGGCACGUGGCGCAUCAAGGACUUUGAAUCCGAAGUGGAGGCCAUUGCAAGGGUCCACCACCAAAACAUCGUACGAUUGAGAGCUUAUUACUACGCAAACGAUGAGAAACUACUAGUCUCUGAUUUCAUCCGGAACGGUAGCCUACAUACCGCGCUGCACGGUGGGCCUUCCAAUACAUUGCCACCCUUGUCAUGGGCAGCAAGGUUGAAGAUUGCUCAAGGCACUGCAAGGGGUCUAAUGCACAUCCAUGAAUGCAGCCCUCGGAAAUACGUCCAUGGGAACAUAAAAUCAUCCAAAAUCCUUCUUGACGAUCAUCUUCAACCUUACGUCUCUGGUUUUGGGCUCACCCGGCUAGUCUCAGGAGCCUCCUCCAAGAAGCAGAACUCACACCAAGUCAGCACCAACUCUGUACUGGGCUCUAAAGCUUCACCCAACUCUAUCGCCUACUUAGCACCCGAGGCUCGUGUCUCCGGCACCAGGUUCACCCAGAAAUGUGAUGUCUACUCCUUUGGCAUCGUCCUUAUGGAGGUUCUAACUGCUCGGCUACCAGACGCCGGACCUGAGAACGAUGGUAAAGGAUUGGAAAGCCUUGUGAGGAAGGUUUUUCGGGAUGAACGGCCAUUGUCUGAGAUCAUAGACCCAGCACUGUUGCAUGAGGUAUAUGCCAAGAAACAAGUUUUAUCUGCAUUCCAUGUUGCUCUCAACUGCACAGAGCUGGACCCGGAGCUGCGGCCGAGGAUGAGAACGGUUUCUGAGAGCCUUGACCGCAUCAAAUCACAAUGAAAAAGAAAAAAAAAAAGAAAAUCAUGUAAAAUUGUCUGUGUUUUUUGGUGAAUCCAAUGUUGAAGCUGGAUUCUUUGUUUUGUUAGUGAUUCUCUGAAUAUUUUGAGAGGUGUUUGGAUGUAUGUUUUGAUGAUGCAUGUAUUGAAAGGAAAUCACAUCUCGAUUUCCCAUCAAUUUCAGUUGUGUUUAGAUGUUUUCUCUCGUCAAUAUUCAACUCUGAUUACUAUUCAGCCCACAUUUGAAUUCAAUAUUCAUUCUAA